AUGAAUCAGUUCACUGAUGAGAAUAGUUUGAAUCAGCUGAGGGACUUUGCCGGCAAGGGAUAUAACAAGACACGCCGCCACGUUCUUCUUGGCCAGGCGCUGUUGAAUAGCAUGGUCUCUAUCCAAGGUCAGGCAGCGUUUGUGAUUUGCACCCGUCUUCCUGUGGUGAGUGAGAUGAAUAGGGUUCACCAAUUCUUGGGUACUCUCGAAAAACCCGAAGGCUUCGACGAUUUGGAAGAUGAUGACCACGAUGCUGAUGUCGACUUCGAAGAUUAUUUUGAUCCGUUCAACGAAGACGAGCUUAUGGACGAGUGA